AGCCAUUUCUGCUCGGCCUUUGGCUCGAAGCCUUUGGCCUUGAGUACCCUGUUGCGCCAAUUUUCGCCUGCAGAAGAUUUUCGACGCCGAUGCUUUCAGGAUGCCAAGGCCGCUUGCAGUUGCUCAGCUCUUCCGCCGACGUGAACUCCAAGAGGGUCACGUUCGCGGACACGUCAUGGGGCAGGUCGUACAUGCAGCUGCAGGGAUGGGAGACGUUCGGCCAACGGGGUGGCUCUUCCUUCUCUGACGAGGGGGAGUCGAGCGACGGCGGCGCCGUGGACGAGUCCAGAGCGGGGGGCGAGCGCGAGCCGGCGCAGUGCAGGACGGAGCGCGAGCACGAGAGGCCAGAGUGGAGGCGAGCCACGGGCGACGAGGGCCUCGAGCCGCAGGGGAGGGCCGCGCGGGGCCUGUGGCCGACCCCGGCACCAGCGCGCCGCCGCGGCCGCGACCCCACCGCGCGGCAGGGGCGGGCCGCGUCCAGCGCGCGUCGCCGCGCGGCCGCGGCAGUGGUGGCGCCGCGGCGGCCGCCGGGGAUCCGCGAGGCAGUCGACGCGCGCUGAGCGCGGCGCCCUCGGGGUGGCCAUCGCGGCAGGCCCAGGGCCACCUCGCCGUCCGUGCGCGGCCCGCCUGCCCGCCGCCACCGAGCGGGGAGCUCCUCCGGGAGUGGUGCGUGGCAGGGAGAGGCGCACGUCCAGCACAGCAGGGCGCAUCUCUAUUAGUGCUUUCGUGGGGUGUCCUCCACGUUUGCAGUCGGCCUUCGGUGGAGUGGCGCGGGCAUCCUGCCCUCAAGCCACCCAUUUUAUAUGAGCAUGCUGCGUCAGCGAGUGGCAUCCACUGCCUCCCGCACUGCCCCAAGAUACAGGCGGGCUUGCCCCAGUGUGCCAACAGUCUCGGGUUGCGCGGUCGCCCCGCCAUCGCGCCAUCCAUUUGUGGUUAUAAGUUUGCGGCGUCAGAGAGUACAGCUGCGCAGCGCUGCGACAUGCGAAUCGACGAAGUUGCCUCCCGCAUUGUCACUUCGCCCCCCUGCUCCUCGCUCAAGAUAGAGGCCAAUUUAAUUAGUAUUGUGCUGGAGUGUCCCUCGUCGCCUCAGCGGUGACUUAGCACGCAGGGCGGUCCUGCGCCGCCCCGAACCCGCGCCGCGGUCCAGCACAUGGCGCGGGCGGGCGAGAGCGAGUUUGACGAAUUUGUUGGUGCAAAGCGCCACCCCUUCGCUCAUGCUUCAGAAUGGUUUCGGCGAUCCGCUCAAAGGGGUACAGAAGACGUACACUGGCGUCUUGCCGUAUUUUCGCGUGCAAGGGUGUUGGCAAUUUUUCUCUCGAGCGGCAUGGUUUUCGCGCUCCAGUCUGGAGUGCCACGAGGCUUGCACAGCGACGCUUGGCAUCCCUGCGCCGCGAGGCCGAUACCAUGCACCAUGGCCGAGGUCUCUUCAGAAAAUGGAGAGCGUCCACGCGGGUUGAGAACGGUUCGUUCUCAAGCGGGCAUGUCGCUGCACAUUGUUGGGGGCUCUGUAAUCCUAUACCGCCUCGCAAGAAAGAAG